CAGAAACUCAGCUGGGGAGGUCCUGGUUCCUGCCUGCCUGACUUGGUAUAGAACUGACGCUGUGGCUGGUAAGAGCCAACUUUUCCUAUCCAUUCAAGGGCAUUGCUAAGAGGCCCCGAAGAACACGCUUGUUCCGAGACCUGCCAACACAAUGGUCGAAAUGAUGGAUCCUCAAAGGCACAUAGGAGUUCAAUACAACCAAUAUAGAAGGUGACGAGCUGUGUGAUUUACAUAGACAAUGGGGGACUGGAAUCUACUGGGAAAGCUUCUGGAAAAUGCCCAGGAGCAUUCCACCGUGGUAGGUAAGGUGUGGCUCACAGUCCUGUUCAUCUUCCGCAUCCUGAUCCUGAGCGCCGCCACGGAGAAGGUGUGGGGCGACGAGCAGUCGGGCUUCACCUGCGACACGAAGCAGCCCGGUUGCGAAAACGUGUGCUACGACAUCACUUUUCCAAUCUCCCAUGUUCGCUUCUGGGUGCUGCAGAUCAUUUUUGUGUCCACUCCUACACUGAUCUACCUGGGUCACAUCCUGCACCUGGUGCGCAUGGAGGAGAAGCAGAAGGAGAAAGCGAAAAAUCUAGAGCAUCCUCUAGAGAAGCCAGCCCUCCUUGUUGCUGCACACAAGCACAAAAAGGUCCUCAUGAGGGAUGAGAAAGGACAUGUCCGCCUGCAGGGGGAGCUCUUGCGCACAUAUGUCUUCAAUGUCAUAUUUAAGACCCUCUUUGAGGUGGGCUUUAUUGUGGCGCAGUACCUGUUGUACGGGUUCGAGCUGAAGCCCAUGUACACAUGCGACAGGCCGCCGUGCCCCAAUGUAGUCAACUGCUACAUCUCCCGUCCCACCGAGAAAACCAUCUUCAUCAUCUUUAUGCUUGGCGUGGCCAGCGUUUCCCUAUUCCUCAACCUCAUUGAGAUUUAUCACCUUGGUUUCACCAAAUGCCGGCAGGGCAUCACCUUCAGGAGAGGCAACCAGUCACCCGACACAAUCUCCAAGGGACACAGUGACCCCGAAGUGCCAUUUGGCCCGACAUAUGACGACUACUUUCAUGAGCAUCGCCCUCCCAGCUACAACCUCUCGCCUCUUUCCGAUGGCACCGACUCAUCCUUUCACCCCUGUAAUAGCAAAGCGGCCUACAAACAGAAUAAAGACAAUUUAGCUGUGGAAAGGAGUGGUAGCAAGACUGAGGAAUGUGACCUGAAAGGGAAGAAGCGAACGGGAGCUGCCCCCGGGUCACCCACGCAAAGCAGGCAAGGCCGCAGUGCCAAGCACAGCAACAACAAGUCUAGAAUAGACGAUCUGAAGAUAUGAGACGUUGCUCUUUCUGAGUGGUCUUACAUUUCCUUGAAGGGACUUAAUGCAGUUUGGGAACAUGUACUCAUGGUGUAGGUUGGACUCAUUCCAUAUAAGACUUUCAAGGUCCACUGGGCUGCUUUGCUUUUGUGAACUUCUAUUUCCACAAUAGAUGCUGGAAGUGGCAAAACCUUACAGUGGAAGCUCCAAAAUUGUGGACAUGAUCCUAAACGUUUCAUAAAGCCGGUGGUCCUCAAAGUUGAGGGCACAUGUGCUUUUUUUUCUUCAUCCUUUUAUCAACUGUUAAAAACAAGUCAAAUUAUACAGCCCUAAUUCAUUAAAAGAACUCAAAAGGCUUAACAGACAGAUAGUAUGAGAUAUUAAAUGCUGAGUAAUAAAACUAAGUAAAUCGAAAUUGCUGUUAAGAAGUGCACUUAAUGGGAAUGGCAAUAUUAUUUGGAGAGCGACACUGUGAUCCUGCGGCAUGUUGCUGAAAUUAAUCCGUUGUGCUAUUGAAAGUGGUUUAUUUAAUUUAAAAUGGUGAAUUUAAUUUAAAUCUGUUAAUUUUUUGCUUAUUUUGGACUGACCAGCCAGUUCCUUUCCAUUUGUGGCUCUGUUCAUGACACCUUUCUGGUACCUGUCA